AUGCGCAAGGACAUACUGACACGUUGGAAACUCAUAUUCGAGGAAUCACUGGGACUUGAUCUCCGUCAAAGCGUACGCGACGGUGACGGGAUUGAUGGGAAAGACCCCUGCGAGGAUGGUCUUCGCUCAAUUUGCUGGAAGGCGUUUCUGCUGUAUGGGCCGGUAAGCAGAGCGUCAUGGCCAAAACAACUGGCCGACUCACGAAGCACAUACACUUCGUUGAGGGACCAUUUCCUUCGUUUCAUUGACAACCCCAAUGACUUGCAUUCGAACGCAGAUCCUUUGGACGAUGACAAUACGUCUCCAUGGGCGACACUACGACAAGACGAAUUGGCGCGGGAGGAGAUCUUCAACGAUGUUACGCGCUGUAUGCAAGACAACUUUUUCUUCCGAGAGCCAGAAACCCAGAGAAUGCUGCUUGACAUCCUCUUCAUAUAUGCAAAACUCAAUCCGGAUCUAGGCUAUAGACAGGGUAUGCAUGAGCUCUUGGCGCCACUCCUAUGGGUAGUGCAGCAAGACGCGGUCGACCAUGAUACGGUAACAGCGGAAGACCGGCAGGCAGAAGGUUUCGACUUCAUGAUUGAGGUCCUUGAUCACCGACAGCGUGAAGCCGACGCAUUCAGCCUGUUCUGCGCGGUUAUGCAAACAGCUAAGAGUUUCUACGAGAUGGGCGACAAUAGGGACUCCUCGCCGAUAAUUGCACGAAGUCGGAGGAUACAUGACGAUCUGCUCAGCAUAUUUGACCCAGAACUUGCGCUUCACUUGCAGGUAGCAGGUGUGUUACCGCAGAUCUAUGCCAUACGCUGGGUCAGACUGCUCUUUGGUCGAGAAUUUGAUUUUGCAGACGUGCUUCGAUUAUGGGAUAUAUUGUUUGCCGAGAAACUUAGGUCUGAUAUCAUCGACAUGACGUGUGUGGCCAUGCUUCUUCGGAUGCGAUGGUCGUUGGUAGAGGCAGACUAUUCAACGGCGAUCACCACACUGACGCAUGUGAAGCUGCCAAGCUCCGAGACCGAGCAUGAUACGCGAGGUCUCGCCCGAGAUAGCGCCGAGCUCAUCCAGAAACACAGUGGGCGGAAGCCGAAGGUGCAAUCGGCGCAGCCUGACCGAGCAAGACUUAGUUUGGACCAAAUUCGAACACCGGAGCGGCGAGGGUCCCGCACACCACAGUACAGGCCGUCUCCGAACCUGUCCCCUGCGCGGUUCUCUGGCCCUCAAAGGCAGCUGGAGUCGCUUUUCAACGAUGUCUCUGGCGGAAUCAAGAAUCGGGCUGAGGGCUGGACAAGCGUUUCUAAGGCAGUGCGUGGGGCUGUUGGUGAGGUUCGGCGAAACAUGGCUCAAUACCAACCGAAUCAUUCACGCGAGGCCAGUGUUGAUGUGCCAAGGCAGCCCUCGUCACAAGCAAUAGCCGACACCACCGAAGGCAGAGCGUUGCUGCAAAAACUGAGCAGCCUUGAAGAGCGGAACAAGGCCUUGGCUAAGAUGUUGGACAGCGCGCUCGAGUGUCUUCGGAAGACCGAGGGAUCAAACGGCAGUCCGGAGGGUGCCCUCGAGACCUUCAAUGUUUCGCUGGCGAAGAUACAAUUUGUGGCUGUUUACCUUUCGGACUCCGAUAUACCCAUCCCUCGAGAAGAAUUUUCGACUAGUACUGCCGCCGAGGUGGUGAAGCAGACGGCACCUAAGGAGGCGAGCACGGCUAUGGCAGCGACCGAUGAGAUAGAGAAGGUCUCAGAAAACAUUAGCUCACCAGCAGUACAGAUCAGCGAGCCUGCAUCAGCAGCGACCACGGAGGCUCUUUCAUCGUCAGAGCCGGUCCAAAAGCCCGCAGUGCCGCAGCAAGCCGAGAAGGGUGCAGCAGAACCGAGCUUGGAUGUGAAGUCCUCCCCACCCACACGGCCCUCUCUCCAAGACGCCUCGUUCAGCUUUAUGCUCGGAGAAAACCGACACCGGUCGAGCUUCGUGACUUCCGUGAAUGCAUUGCCGGAGCACCAACGAAGAAGUAUUGAUCAGCCGGAUGCCCGUCCCGGCAGCAGGCGUGGGAGUGAAGUCGCGAAAGAUUCGGUCUCGAAGGGACCAACAAUUGACACGAGUAAGCAGAGCCAAAGACCCGCCAAGGGCAAACUGAAGGGCAAGAAGGAGGGUAAUCAGAACAGUGAUGAUGAAGACGGCUGGAGGAUGAGUAGCUUCCGUGGUGGGCAGGGUGGUCCACUGUGA